AUGAUCAAGAACAAAGAUCCAAAUUCAUUAUUUAAUAUUCAACAUGAUUAUCUAUAUAGAAAAAUAAAAGAAGUUCAACAACCAAAAGAAAUUUAUAAUUUAAUUAUUGACAAAAAUAUUGAAUCAUUGAUAUAUAAGAUUUUUACAAAAGAACAAUUACUACGAAUUGUUGCAUCAGUAGAGGUUAUUGAUUCAGAAAGAAGGAAGAAUACAUAUAUGACAGGAAUAUAUCUCGUAGAAAUAAAUAUUUACAAUCUCAAAUGUAUUCUAGCAGAUAUACAAACGAAAAGAUACAAAAAUGGGAUAGCAUUAUUUUCAUAUUUAGAUGAUGAUAUAUCACCUAGAAUUACAAAUUAUUUUCAUGAUAAAUUUCUGAAUAAUCCACAAGUUGAUUCAUUUUUCUCUAAUAUAAAAUUUUUAAAUUUUCAAUAUAACCCCAUUGAAACAAGAGUGUUUUUAACAGAUGAUAAAACUCCAAAUUCAAUGCCUAUUUAUUAUAAUUCAAAUGCUGUUGAUUUAAUAAUGCCUCAAAUUCAUUUAGUUGCAAAAUCAUUAUUAAAUUUAAUGAUAUCAAUGGAAGAAUAUCCUUUCAUUCGAUUUUAUCAACCAAAAGAUGGAAUACAUCAAGCUCAAAGAUUACCUGAAUUAAUUGCUGAUCUGUUUCAAAAACAAAUGGAUGAAUAUUGUAGAAAAAAUCAAAAUUAUCCAUCACCUGAAGUUUCUGCAAAAGUUAGAUCAGUGUUGUUGAUAACUGAUAGAACAGUUGAUUUAUAUGCUCCUUUAUUACAUGAAUUUACUUAUCAAGCUAUGGCAAUGGAUAUAGUUGAAUCAUUAGAAAAAGAAGGGAAAUUUAAAUAUCAAAGUGAAAAUGAAAAAGGUGAGAUUUCUGACGUUGAAGUUCAAUUAGAAAAUGAGAAUGAUGAAGAUUGGAUUAAUUUAAGACAUUUACAUAUUAUUGAAAGUUCAGAAUUAAUAGUUAACAAAAUCACAGAUUUAAUAAAAAACAAUCCUUUGUUAAUUGAUAGAUCAAAAGCUAAUACAUCAUCAGAUUUAAUGUAUAUAGUAGCUCAUUUAAAGGGAUUUGAUGAAGAAAGGAAACAAUUAACAUUACACAAAACACUUAUAGAUAAUUGUCUUGAUAUAAAUGCUACUAGAAAAUUAGCAGAGUUUGCAGCAGAUUUUGAACAAACAUGUUGUGCUGAAGGUGUAAGUUUUGAAGGUGAAAGAAAUAAACAUUUACAUGAUGAUUUAAUAAUAUUAUUAGCAAGAAAUGAUUUACAUAUAAAUGAUAAAAUUAGAUUAGUAUUAAUUUAUGCUUUUUAUAGAGGUGGAUUAAUUAGAUCAGAUUUUGAAAAAUUAGUCACUUUCAGUGGUGUUAAUGAUCCAAGACAUAUUUCAGGAUUAAUGGAUAAAUGUUUCAAUAAUGUUGAUAAAUUGGGAUUUUUAAUUUUUAAAAAUGAUGUUAAAGAUAAACCAUUUGUCAAACAACAAUUUCAUACAAUCAAUAAUGAAGGUACAUAUAAUACAAGUAGAUUUACUCCAGGUAUAAAAACCAUAAUGCAAAAUGUUGCAAAAUAUUCAUUAGAUAGAGAAUGGUUUCCUUAUUUUAGAGAUAUGCCAUUAGAUGAUGAAGUACAAACUCAAGAUUUUUUGAAUGGUCCAAUUAAAAAGAAAGAUCAACAACCACUAUCAACAAGUGGAUCAUUAAGGAACCCAAGAAUCAAAGCAAGUUGGGCAUCAACUACAAAUACACCAUCAAGUUAUAAUGGUACAUCAUCAAAUACAAAACAAAAACAAAGAAUUUUUUGUUUUGUAGCUGGUGGUAUUACAUAUAAUGAAAUAAGAUCAAUAUAUGAAUUAACUAAUUCAUUAAAUAAAGAAUUUUAUAUUGGUUCUGAAUCAAUAUUAAAACCAAGAGAUUUUUUAAUUGGAUUACAAAAUUUAGGUAACAAUAAAGAUUUACAAACAUUAGAUUUAAAUAUUUAUAAAGAAUCUCAAAAAUCAAAUGAUAUUCCAACAUUCUUAUAUAAUGAUGGUUCAGGUAUUCCCAAACCUAUAGUACGACAACAACAACAACAUCAACCACCCCAAUCACAACCACCACAACAAUUGAACCAACCCCAAUUUGGACAAUCAUCAUCAUUCCAACAACAGGUUCAACAACAACAACAAAUGUACGCCAAAGCUCAUGGAAUAAACUCAGAAAAUGGUCAUAAUCAACCUACUUCACAAUCUCAUUAUCAAAAAAGAGGAUCUUCUACGAAAAAUUCACCUGCUAAUCAACAACAAUUUUUAGAUAAUGAUUCUGUAUUGAGUGGUUCAACAAAUUCAAAAAAUUCAAGUACUAGUAAAAGAUCAAAAUUAAAGAAAUUUUUUAAAUAA